AUUCGUUCCGUGGCCGUUCCGAGACUGCAUGGACGACAUCCGCCAAGCCGCCGAGAGCCUCCAGCGCGUGCUCGCCUUUGUCGAGCGCGAGCAGAACCAGCACAUGCUGCCAACGUCUCCGAUGGCCGCGCUGCAGAAGCGCGUGCUGGAGCUCGAGAACCAGCUCAAGGAAGCCCGCGACGAGAAGGAGUAUUGGUUCCGCAAGAGCUCUGGCAUUGACGACAACUUUCACAACUCGAACCGGCGCCCGCGCUCCAACUCGGAGCUGCGCGUGAUCGCCGACACGAUGUCGCGUGGCAGCGACGAGAGCCUGAGCGACCUCGAGAAGGACGACGGUGCGGGCGUGCCCGGCUGGGACAAGCGCGCGCCGUUCCGCCUCCUCCAGUGCAGCGACGAAGAGUGCGAAGUCUUCACGGCGCAGCACCGCAACAUUCGCACACAGCACCGCGCCAAGAACAACGUGCAAAUGAUGUGGGACACGCCGCCGACCACCGUGCUCCUCGUGAAGAAGCCCAACGACGCCGACAUUACCGAUACCAUGUUCGCCGUCGCCAAGUGGCUCAUGCACGAGAAGGGCAUGCGCGUCUUCCUCGAGCCUGUCGUCCACGCUGCGGUCGCCAAGGACCUCCCGCAGGCGCGCACGUGGUCGACGUCGUACGACUGGCUUCUCAAGCAAAACGAAAUCGACUUUGUCGUGUCGCUCGGCGGCGAUGGCACCGUGCUCUGGGUCUCGUCGCUCUUCCACAUGAGCGUCCCGCCCGUGAUCUCGUUUGCAAUGGGGUCGCUCGGUUUCCUCACACCCUUUGACAUUUCCCAACGCGAAGAACACCUCAAGCACUUGAUCCGAGGUGGGUUCUACCUCUCGCUGCGGCAGCGCCUGCAGUGCACCGUCUUGCGUGCCAAGCCCGGUGUCGUCGAAGAGGUCCAGAUGCCGAUUCACGCGCUGAACGAAGUCGUGAUUGACCGCGGCCCGUCGUCCGCCAUGGUCGACCUCGACUGCUUCUGCGACGGCGUCGAGCUCACCAAGAUCAGUGCCGAUGGCAUCAUCAUUGCGUCGCCGACCGGCUCGACCGCGUACUCGCUCUCGGCCGGCGGUAGCAUGACCCAUCCCAGCGUGCCGUGCAUGCUGCUGACGCCGAUUUGCCCGCACUCGCUCUCGUUCCGGCCACUGCUCUUCCACGACAGCGCGACGCUCAAGAUCGUGCUUCCGUUCACGGCGCGCACACCCAGCGUCAACGUGUCUUUUGACGGCAAGACGCGGCUUCGGCUGGGCAAAGGCGACACGCUGUACGUGCGCGUGUCGUCGUACCCGCUGCCGUCCGUGUGCCGCCUCAACGAGAACGAAGACUGGUUCGAGUCGGUCAAGGUCAACUUGAAUUGGAACCAGCGGCGUGAGCAAAAGCCCUGGGUGCCACUCGACGACCCGAGCCUGUCCAAAAUGUAAUUGUGUGUAGAUGUGUACUAGACGAUAGCGUAGCAGCGGGUGAUAGAUACUAGUCCUGUUAUUUAAUGGCGCUCGUCCUGCUGCGCGGCAAUCUCGUCUCGAAGCAAUUCGCAAC